AUUUCCCACCAUUCUUUGCAGCGUGCGUGUGCAAGAAACAUGAAAACGGCCAUGUCGUGGUAGCGCAGCUUGGUGGAAAGAAAGAACUGGCAAAAAUAGAUUGACGGAGACAAAGAAAACAUCUUUCAGUUAAUUUUACGCCAAGAAACUUUAUCCCGUAUAGUCAACCUAUAACUAAGCAGCGGGCAAUAUGAGUGGAGGGACUCCCUACAUAGGCAGUAAAAUUAGCCUCGUCUCGAAGGCCGAGAUUCGCUAUGAAGGAAUUUUGUAUACUAUUGAUACAGAAAAUUCGACUGUAGCACUUGCUAAAGUCCGUUCUUUUGGCACUGAAGACCGCCCCACUGACAGGCCCAUUCCUCCAAGAGAUGAAGUCUUCGAGUACAUCAUCUUCAGGGGGAGUGAUAUCAAGGACCUUACCGUUUGUGAGCCCCCCAAAGCCACAAAUUCUUUGCCACAGGACCCUGCCAUUGUUCAAUCCUCUCUUGGAUCUACUAAUCCUCCACCUGCAUCAUUCCAGCCAGCUGGGUCAUAUGCUCCGUUUAGCAGGGCACCUCUUCCCCCCUACAGCCAGCAGUUCAGCUGCACCCCUUUGGUGCCCCAGCCUUUUGGAGCAGUUGUUGGAGGGCGCUCCAGCCCUCAGCGUGAACCUCAGAGGAAGAGCCCUACCCUGGAGCAGGCUGUGCAGACUGCCCCUUCAGUUGUCUCAGCACCACCUGUUCCAGUGGGACAAAGGAUCCCAUCAGCAGCAUCAGGACCCAGGCCCCCUACCACUGCAGGAAGCCAGAGACCCCCUGACUUGUUGGAGCAGAGGCGGGGCCCUGAGGUCCAUAAACUGUCCCGACCAGAUGUUGAACAAGGGGGUGGUGAUAACCGUGAAGUCAAUAGACGUCAAGGCGGUGGGUUUCAGGCUGGCCCCCAGCCUCCCCGGCGUGGGCGAGGAGGAGGUCACCGUGGCAGGGGACGCUUCACCGUUCGCAGGGACGGACCCAUGAAGUUUGAGGAAGACUUUGACUUUGAGAGUGCCAAUGCUCAGUUUAAUAAGGAGGAGAUUGACAAGGAGUUCCAGAGCAAACUCAAGCUGAAAGAUGACAAACCAGAAAAGGCAGAUAAGGCUCUCAACGGAGAGGAGAAGGUGGACUCUGGAGUGGAAACCCAGAACAGUGAAGGCAAUGUUGAGGAGGAAGAGGCACCAGCAUCCAGCUGUUACUAUGACAAGUCCAAGUCCUUCUUUGACAACAUCUCUUGUGACGAUACAAGGAAAGCAGCUGAAAGAGCCGCUGGCUUCAAUAGGGAGCGACGGCAGACUUGGGCAGAAGAGAGGAGGAUGAACUCUGAGACAUUUGGGAUCCCACUGAGGCACAACAGAGGCCGGGGAGGGUUCCGUGGCCGAGGGGGUAUGGGCUUCCGCGGUGGACGUGGGCGUUCGGCGAGCCGGGGGUCCUUUGCCCCCCCCCGUGGAGCCCCUCCUGGCUUCAGAGGUGGCUUUAGAGGGGGCAGAGGUGGCCAGCAGUUCUCUGACUUUGAAUACAGGAAGGAUAACAAAGUGGCUGCGUAGUACUUCAUAGGCAAGAUCGGAUCAAAAAAGAAUUGUAGCCCUUCAAGGUCCAGCUAUUUGUUUUUGUCUCAACUUCUGACAACAAGAAUGAAGAUGUACUCUGUAAAUUUGUCACCAGCACUGGGGUUGACCGACUUCAACGGGUGUGAAUGCAGCUUCUUUACCCAGUUCCUUUUUUAAAUCAAAGGAAAGUUUUUUUGGAGAAAAUGUUAAGCUUUGUUUGACAUACAGUAAUCAGAGGGACAAGUACACAUGUAAAUACCUUACUUCCGUGGAAUUAUUCAGUAUUUUUGCAUCUAUUCGAGUUCCUUUCUUACUGAAAUUGUAUUUGAAAUUGUUCUGUUAUGUGUAAAGAUGUAUGCAGAAGCCCGCUGAUACUGUGAUGAGUACUUCGAUCACUUAAAAAUAGCUUUAUUUUUGGGAUUUAUCCUGUAAGGUAUCUUAGGAGCACUAAAAUCCUUUGCAUUUCUUGUUUGGUUACAGUUUUUAAAUAUACUUUUACUACACUUCUUGGUAGCCAGUUAUCCAGUAUUUCAAACAUCCAGUUGUACUUUUGCCAAGUUUUUUAGUCGGAGGAAAAUUCUUGUUUCAGUGUUCUUGGGGUAUAUCAAGUUGAUUGUGGCUUGCAUGGGCUUACUUGGCUUUGGUUUUUGUUUUAGAGAUUCUGCCUCAAAAAGAAGUAAUUCAUUCAGAUAUACUUGUAAUGUGACAUUAUGUACAUGGAAAGAAACGGAAGGACAUCCUGAAUAAAACUUAAGAAUAAGAUGGGUUUUCACUAAUAUGGAUGGUUGGAUGCCAACAUUUCCUAAAUGGACUGAUUAUCGAAUGUAUUUCUAGCUACAUUUUAUUUGUACCACAAAUACAGUGGCUUUAACACAUUUCUGUUUUUUUAGACGGGGCAUUUGGUAUUCUAGUUAUCGAGAAGACUGCUCUUCUAUUGCCGAUAGCAUCGAUUACAUUUCUACCAUUGCUAAUGGAGGUUAAGCAAUGACUGCAGUUACUUUUAUCCAGUGAUGGGCUGACAAUUCACUUGUUUUUGUUAAACGUAGACGUAGUGCCUGCAGGGUCUGUAUUAUGUCAUGUAGGUGCCAUAGAACUUUUAGGCAGUGGUGACUACUCUACACCAAUUAUGGCUUGCUUUGGAGUACCCUGUGUCACCAUGAUUUCCUGUCCGUCUCUUUCCACAGCUAUGUAUUUGACAUCGAAGUAUAAUUUAACACUCCGUUUGACAUACCCAUACAUUAAAAAGGAAGACCCUCUAAAGAAUUAUUGACUUAAUUUUUCCCCCCCAGUGAUGGUAAAAUUAGAUCAUUUGUUUGAUUAUUCUUAUUUGUUAUACCAGUGCAGACUAAGAGUUUUGGGAACUUGUGUUUGAAAAAAUACCUUUUGUCUGGCUUUGGCCUAGACUUCUAUGGGAUAAUGGUUUUGGUUUCUAAGACUUGGGGGAAUCAGGCCAGUGCCUUUUUCAUGUAGGAAAGCACUAAGUGUGCCAGGGGUGGGUGUAGCUCAAUGGUAUCUGACUGCAGAUCUAGAGGUCACGGGUUCAAUUACCCAUCUGAAUGUCGCUAUGGAUAAGUGUCUGCUGAAUGAAUACAUAACAUGACAAGAGUUAAGCUUAUUAAUAAUUUGGGAAACCUCAGAACUUUUUCCACUUGUUAUAAACGCCAGCAUUUCUAAUUGAUAGUGUUGGGGUUUGUGUCAUGCGUUAGAUGUAUUCCCUGCCUUGUCCUUGUGGUUCUAUUGCAGUCAAUUGUUCAGCAUCAACAUUUUGACAUAUUGUCUAUUUAAUUGCUCCUCUGGUGUUAAUCAGACUUCGCAGUAGUUUACUGGAUUAAGAGAUCAAAAUUGCGUACAAUGUAUUUGAUCAGGAUUUUCUGUCCCCCCCCCCCCCCCCCCCC